ACCUGGCUGCGGGGCCGAACGCAGCGGCCCGCGGUGCACGCUCGCCCGCGGGGGUGAAGGGGCGGUGGCGGCCGGGGCAGGUCCGGCCCCGCGGACCGAGCUCCCUGCUCGGGCAGACCCCAGCGGCAAGGCAGCCAUGAGCCUGGUCCUCUGCGAGUGCCUGCCCAGCCCUGGCCUGGAGGCUGAGCCCUGCUCACGAGCACGCUCCCAGGCCCGUGUGUACCUGGAGCAGAUUCACAACCGGGUGGCUGUGGGGGCGCCUGACAUGACCAAGCGUGACUAUCUGGUGGACGCGGCCACACAGAUCCGGCUGGCCCUGGAGCGCGACGUUAGUGAGGACUAUGAGGCAGCCUUCAAUCACUACCAGAAUGGCGUGGACAUGCUGCUCCGUGGCGUACACGUCGACCCCAACAAGGAGCGAUGUGAGGCUGUCAAGCUGAAAAUUACCAAGUACCUGCGGCGGGCAGAGGAGAUCUUCAACUGCCACCUGCAGCGGACGCUGGGCAGCGGAGCCAGCCCUGGCACGGGUUUCAGCAGCCUGAGGCUCCGGCCCAUCCGCACGCUGAGCUCUGCCCUGGAGCAACUGAGGGGCUGCCGGGUGGUCGGGGUCCUUGAGAAGGUGCAGCUGGUCCAGGACCCAGCAACUGGAGGGACCUUCGUGGUGAAGAGCCUCCCCAGGUGCCACGUGGUGAGCCGGGAGCGGCUGACCAUCAUCCCGCACGGAGUCCCCUACAUGGCCAAGCUGCUGCGGUACUUUGUGAGCGAGGACUCCAUCUUCCUGCACCUGGAGCAUGUGCAAGGAGGCACUCUCUGGUCCCACCUGCUCUCCCAGGCGCACCCCGGGCAUGCUGGGCUCAGGUCGGGCUCCACUCAGGAGAGGAUGAAGGUUCAGCUCAACUCCCACCUCAGCCUCCUGACCCCAGCGCGGCUCCCCCGCGGCCACACCCCCAGGCAGGACAGAAUCUCCCCGGAGCCUCCUCGGACUUCUCAGAGCCUUCUGCCGGCAAAGGAGGCCCCAUCCAUCAGACCCCAGGGAGAGGCUGAAGAGGAAUCCACAGCCAGGACUAGCACUUCCUGCUCCUCGGACCUUCCAAAGGCCCCAAGUGGCCACCUGCACCUUCAAGCCAGGCGGGUGGGCCAGAGUUCGAACCCUAGGCCCCCUUGGGGGCUCCCUUGGGUUCGUGAGGGGGCUGACCGGGUGCUGGGGGCCUGUGGCCGAGGCAGGGGUGAAAGCCACCUGUCAAUGCCAGUGGAUGGGGCCAGCCAGAGGUGUGGCAGGGCCGCCUGGACCGUGAGGGAGGAGCAGGUGAAGCAGUGGGCGGCGGAGAUGCUGGUGGCCCUGGAGGCACUGCACGAGCAGGGGCUGCUGUGCCGGGACCUCAACCCCCGGAACCUGCUCCUGGACCAGGCAGGUCAUGUCCGGCUUACGUAUUUUGGCCAGUGGUCAGAAGUGGAGCCCCAGUGCUGCAGGGAGGCUGCGGACAACCUGUACAGUGCCCCAGAGGUGGGUGGGAUUUCUGAGCUGACAGAAGCCUGUGACUGGUGGAGCUUUGGGUCUCUGCUGUAUGAACUGCUGACAGGAACGGCACUGUCCCAGAGCCACCCCUCAGGAAUCCAGGCCCACACCCAGCUCCAGCUGCCCGAGUGGCUCAGCCGCCCAGCAGCCUCCCUGCUGACUGAGCUGCUCCAGUUCGAUCCCACUCGGCGCCUGGGCGUUGGAGGCAGUGGUGUCAGCAAGCUCAAGUCCCACCCCUUUUUCAGUGCUAUCCAGUGGAGCAAACUGGUAGGGUAAGAGGGGCCGAAUGGGUGAUGGAAGCAGCUGGCCUGGUCUGGAUCUCCUCUGUCACCCAAGGCUCCCCCUGGGCCUCGGAAGGGGCAGCUCCUGGAGAAGCGGAGGGCGAGGGGCAGUGAGGCUCACCCUGCUAAGCAGCCUGCACCUCCCACCCACCGGUCAGCAGACACCUGUUGCGUGCAUGCCUUGUACCUUUCAUGUGGACCUGCCAUGUUAAAGGGUGCCUUCUGUGGCACUGGCUCUGAACUACUGACCCCAAAGUUUUGUGACUCACGCACUGCCGUGUUGUGCCCAGCUUGGGUCAUCUCUGAAGACUCAUCUCAGGAUACUGACCUACUGGCUCAGUGGACCCAAACCAGGCUGUCCUGGCUGGUCAUCUUGCAACAAGUGGGCCUCUUCCACCAGAAGCUGUUCC